UUAGAGAUGAUAACCUAUAAAUUAAAUUGGGAAAUUAAUACAAGUUACCCUAACUUCCUCAUCUCGCCCCUAUGCCAUUGAUACUUAGAUUUCGAAGAUAGAAGCUAACGAUUCUUGGUUUGGUUUUUUAUCUCGAGAAAGAAACUUUCCCUUUUUCAUUUAUCCCUCACUAGGGUUCCUUACCCGUCAUCCAAUUCGGACCCGUUGCGUGUCUAUCGCUAUCUUCUUGAAAUUUUUUAGAUGCCCUGUUCUUUCUUGAAACUUGCAGGAUGAAAUUAUGAAAGGAUGGUUUACGAAUUAGGUCACGUACGGGACCAAUUCAAGAACAAGAACAUUGGUAUUGACGAUCUUCAGAAAGAAGGAGGUGUCUUGGAUAAUCUGCACAAGAAACGACGUUGCGGUGUCAAUAAUGUUAAUAAGUUUAUCGGCAAGAUGGGGUCUUUUUUAUCUAGUGCCAAGAACUAUAUGGAUACAACUGAGGGGGAGAAUUGGGCAUCUGACCUUAUUAAUCACUUGAACAGCCGAUUUCCGACUUCUAUCGAUACUCCAAAGGAGUAUAAUGACCAGAAGUUACUUGACCAGGGGUCGCAGAACUUUAUUCAGCAGGAGUUAAAGGAUGCUAAUCUUCAUCAGAUAGUAUCCCACAGGCUCAUUUCCUCUCAUUCGUCUUUGCCAGAUUUGUUGGUUUCACCUGUUUUUCAUAAUGCUAGUUCAUUCUGUCCACCUGAAAGUUAUAUGAAUUUGGGAUACAAUGGUUACAAUCCGGCUUCAGUAAGCAUUUAUAAUCCUGGGCUGUGUGGAGGAUCUGCAUUCAACGACUAUAGCCAGAAUGUUGCUAGCUCAGCUGUUCAUUGUGGUGGGAUGAACUCGAUUUCUCCAUUCGGUGUAAAGCAGACUGAUCUAGAGCUUAUUACUUCACCUGAACAAGUGUCAUCCGUAACUGCAUGUUCUUAUGGGGAUGUUGUAUCUGAUACCGAAGCUUUUGAUAGUAUAGCAGCUCUACCCGGAAGUGUUUUGCACUCUACCUCAGGCCCAUCAGCAACGAACUCCUUCCAACAGCAACCUUUUCAUAAGAGUCAAUACAGAAGCUCUAUUGGGAAGAAGAAAACCGCAUACAACAUGGAUGUUCCAUCAUUAUUGGGGGAUGAUGUGCAAUCUCCAUAUUCGAAUUUGUGCAAUGUGCAACAGAAUCUCACGAACCAUCCUGAAACUAGUGAUAGCCUAGAGAGCAAGUGUAAUACCCAAAUAUCAGAUCGUGGGGAUUCAUUGCAACCUCAGAUUCACAUGCCAGUGUCCCAACAACCUGAUGAGCAGGCUCAGCAGCAUCCAGUGCAGUUUGAUGACAGAUUGAAGACUCGAUCAAAUAUGUUAUUUAUCAAUGGUGAGAAGUCCAGUGAUGAAAUAUCAGUGCGAGAGGAAUUUAAGAUCCCCCAAAUUAAUUCUGAGAAAUCUCCGCUGGCUCAAGAGUAUGCUGCUUUGGAAAGUUCAAGUCAGAUUUCUAGUUUUCAAGUCCUUAGUUCAUAUGUCAUGUACAAGGAUAUGCCAGCGGACUUGAGAAGAGAAGUUCCUUUUCAGGAUUAUAUGCAUGCAGCAGAAUGCAAGGAAAACUUAUGCAAUUGUCCAUUGUAUCUUGAACUGGCAUCCCAUUUUGACAAGUGUAAUCAUUUAAAUUGCGAUAUUUGUGGACCUGCAAGGUCUUUAUGCAGUACUAGUAAUUUUCACUUGGAAUCUAGAAAAAGAAAAAAAGACCAAGCAGAGGCCACCCAUGAUGCGGAUCCUAGUAGCACCGCAACUCUUUUAGAAACCUUGCCUACAAAAUACCCGAAGACGGAGAGUCCAACAGUUGGAGAUGGUUUUUCACAAGAAUAUGCUGAUUCACUUGAUCAACAUAGUCCGCUGGAUCAGCCGCAGCACUUGGAACAACGUCCUGAAGCAUUUGUAUGUAAUGAAGAUGUCCAAGAGGUACAGCCAGAACUUUUAGCUGUGGACCCAUCAGUUAACUGUGCAACUGUAGGAGAUACUAUGGAUGAUGACCAGAGGAGGAACUUCAAUGAUACCCAUGGUGAACAGGAAUCAACAGAGCUAAAGCGAAGUAAUGAUAAUACAAACAAUGAAAUGAAGAAAAUGCCAGAGUUGAAUUCUGCUAAUCUUUCUCCAAAAGAAGGGGUCAAUGAUGAAAAAGAGAUAUCAAAUCAAGUAUACACAGAAUCUGGGCAUGCCAAAAUAGAAGCAAAUUUUUUGGCAGCAGAUGCUUAUGACAUAAGGCUGGAUUCAAAGAAAUCCAUGAUGCCGAGUGUGUCUUUGGCAGAUCACGACUCAGUCUUAGAAUCAGAGAAGACCAAGAUAAAGAUUGCACCUUUGGUUGAUGAUGACGCAGGGGUGAAGCCAGAGAAGAUCAAGAUACAGAGUGUGUCUUUGGCUGAUUUUUUUACUGCGGCUCAAAUCAGAGAGCAUUUGUUGAGUUUUAGCUCUCAGAAGGAUGUAUCAGGAAAGAAAGCACAUUCAGUUGGUCACAACACAUGCCAUUUGUGUUCCAUGGAUAAGCUGGUGUUUGCCCCUGCACCCAUAUAUUGCUCUUCUUGUGAUACCCGUAUCAAGCGAAAUGUUGGCUAUUAUAGGUCAACCAGUGAUAUGGGUAUACGACACUGUUUUUGCAUGUCAUGCUAUAGGGGAUCUCAUGGGACUAAUAUCGUAAUGCGUGGGUUUUCUGUUCCCAAAGCAAACCUGCAGAAGGCAAAGAAUGAUGAGGAAAAAGAGGAUUCAUGGGUUCUUUGUGAUAGAUGUCAAUGCUGGCAGCAUAGAAUAUGUGGUCUCUACAAUGAUGAAAAAGAUGUGGAAGGGAAGGCAGACUAUAUCUGUCCUAAAUGUUACUUGGAAGAAAUAGAGAGUGGAAUGCGUGUUCCCUUACCACAGACUGCUGCUUCUGGAGCAAAAGAUCUGCCGAGGACUAAUCUCAGUGAUCACAUAGAGGAAAGACUGUCUAGACGUCUCAAUCAAGAAAGAGAAGAGAUGGCAAAGAUUUCUGGAAUGGAACCAGAGGAGGUACCUGGAGCUGAAGGUCUUGUUGUCAGAGUAGUGGUAUCUGUUGAGAAACAGUUGGCAGUGCGGCAGAAAUUUAUAGACAUACUUCAUGGAGAAGAUUAUCCUUCAGGAUUUACAUACAGAUCAAAGUUAAUUUUUUUGUUUCAGAAAAUAGAAGGGGUAGAUGUGUGCCUCUUUGGAAUGUGUGUUCAGGAGUUUGGAUCAGAGUGUGGUGGCCCGAAUCAUCGUUGUUUAUAUAUCUCGUAUCUUGAUUCUGUAAAGUACUUUAGACCUGAGAGGAAAAGUGCGACUGGUGAAUCUCUUCGGACCUUUGUUUAUCAUGAACUAUUGAUUGGAUACCUUGAGUAUUGCAAGAAGCGGGGUUUUGCAACCUGUUAUAUAUGGGCAUGUCCUCUUAUAAAAGGAGAAGACUACAUUUUUUACUGCCAUCCAGAGACACAGAGAACACCAAAGCAGGAUAAGCUACGUCAGUGGUACAAGUCAAUGCUAAAGAAAGCUGUAGAAGAUGAUGCUGUUGUGGACCACACUAAUUUAUAUAAUCAGUUUUUCGUUUCUAGUGGACAAGGCAAUACCAAGAUAACGGCAGCCCGUUUGCCCUAUUUUGAUGGUGAUUACUGGUCAGGGGCUGCUGAAAAUAUUGUCAGGAAACUAGAAGUGGAAGAAAGUGCUGGUGGAUUGCAGAGCAAGCUACCUAACAAGAGAAUCUUGAAAGCCAUGGGACAGGACCGACUUGAUGUUGCUAUGAAGGAUGUCUUGGUGAUGCAAAAGCUGGGCCAAACCAUUCUCCCUGUGAAGGAAAACUUUAUGAUUGUCCAUUUACAAUAUAUAUGCACCCAUUGCCAUGAAGUAAUCUUAUCUGGAAGCAGAUGGUUUUGCAGCCAAUGCAAAAAGAUUCAACUAUGUUCAAGAUGUUUUAAUGCUGAUAAGAAUUUUUCUGGGAGUAAAAUGCACACAUGCCAUUCCGGUGAAAAAAAUCUACUCUCUGAGGUUGCGGUGAGCAAUGUGACUAUUGAUACCAAGGAUAAAGAUGAUGUGCUUGUGAAUAGUUUCUUUGAGACUCGUGACGCUUUCUUAAACAAGUGCCAGAAAUCCCAUUUUCAGUUUGAUACACUUGCCCGUGCCAAAUACUCCUCUAUGAUGAUCUUGUAUCAUCUAAUCCACAAGCCUGUUACUAAGCCGAUCUGCACUGCCUGCCAUAAGGAUGUUCUGGUGGACGAUUGUUGGCAUUGUGACAUAUGUGCAAAGUUUUAUGUCUGUGAGUCAUGCUAUAAAAUGAAAGGUGGCGCUUAUCAUCCUCACAUGUUAAAUCCGCCUUCAAAUUCAAUGGAAGUCGUCUGUGGAUCCAAAAAUGAUCAAGUUCAGAAGCACAAAGCUCUAACGUUAAAGGCGGUGCUGGAUGCUCUAAUUCAUGCUUCUCAAUGUGAGCGGAUCCCAUGCUCUUACUCGGAAUGUAGAACUAUGAGGAGGCUUUUCUACCAUGCUUCUAGAUGCACUGUCAGAGUCCGUGGUGGUUGCAGAUUAUGUCAACAAGUGUGGAGGAUACUAAAGGAGCACUCACAAAUAUGCAAAGAUUCCAAUUGCAAAAUUCCUCGCUGCAUGGAUAUAAAGAAGCACAAGGAGAUGCUUGCAGCCCGAUCUGCAAAUCUACAAACUACAACGAAGGAUCAGCAGGAAAUGCCUCAGACUUUGGUUGGAUAGCAAUGACCGUUACAGUAAAAGAAAUAGAGUUAAAAGAAGUCACAAUUUUGCGUACCUAACCAAAAUAGAAUAGAUCAGGAGGUUUGAGCCUUUGUUUGGUAGUCAUACCAUACCUGAUGCCUUUUUGCUGUGUCUGAAGUGUGAACAGUCAAUAUAUAGAGUCUUGUAGCAUAGUUCAAGAUUACAAUCAGGUUUAACUUGCCUUGUGUAGGAGAAAAUUACAAGUUGGAGGACCAUUUUGGUCUGAACCAGAUUUUGCACCAAAACAUGUAUAAAUGAAAUUUUCAAU